AUGUCCCGCUCCGCUGCAGACGCGACCCGAUUCACGGCCACCGGGCCCUACGCGCACUCCAAGCCCGGCUCGGCCAGCGCGGCGGCCCCCUACAAGCUCCCUAGCUCGAUGGCAAAGCCCACCUCCCAGCAACAGCAACAGCCGCAGUUAAACGCCAAUGGCAGACCGGAGUCUCCCAAGGAAAAGGUCGAGCGGUUGAGGGCCCAAGCCCGCGCGGCCCGGUUAGCUCAGUCGACGUCGCGGGUGGAUCAGAUGAUUGAAGUAGGACGUCGAUUUGCGAACAAGGCGCAUAAGACGAUGGUGUACACUCUGAUUGCUGCAUCUGGUGUCUGCGGAGCUCUAACAGUCUACUCCGUCAUCUCUCUAACGCUAUACAACCGUCGGCAGCGGGCUCUGUGGGUGGAGAAGGAAAUGCAGAGACUGCAGGAUGCGAAGACGGCGUAUGCUGCCGGGACGGCCAACACGGAGCAAUUGGAGCUGUUGAAGAAUGAGAAGAUCGGGGAGAUCUUCCAGCAAAAGAAGGAGGAGGCUAAGGCGCAGCGGCCCUGGAAUCAGGUCAAGAACUUCAUCUUUGGUGGUUUGAAGCAGGAUGAGAAGGCCGCUGCUGAUAGCAGCAGCUCUAUCCCCGAUAGUGUCCUGGAGGGCGGCAACAAGUCCGCAGUGCUGGAGGCGCUGAACGCUAAGGCUGCGGAGGAUGCGGCCAAGUCUGCUGCUCCUGCUGUUCCCAAGGGCCAGCUGGAUGCGUUGGCUGAGAACGCCGAAGAUGCUGCGAAGCAGUCGACGCGAAGCUGGACGAGCUGGUUUACUGGACGGUAA